UAAAUAAAGUGUACAUAUUAAUAUUAAUGAAAUCUACUAGGCCACAAAAUGACUUUUUACAGUGUAGUUUCAUUAUUAUUAGACUGUUUCCCUCUUUUGAACACAGCCCCUCCCAUCACUGUGCAGUUGUGUCAAAGGCCAAGCAGUGAUAUUGUAGGCUACUGCAGAGUAUAAAUGCUUUAAGGACUGUACUAAAACUUUGUAUGCAUAAAAUUGCAAUAUGUAACAUAUUUUGAAGUGCUGUUUUCAUGUGCAUUUUAAAAUUGUACUCUUUAUACUCUAAACCAGUUUAUCCUUUUACUUUUAUUUUGUACACAGGCUGAACAAUGGAUAAGUUUAUAGGAGAUUUUCAGAGACGUCUUCAUAAGGAAGUAUAUGGCCUGAAGGAGGUCACUAUCCUUGAGCAUUGUGGUUUCAUACUGUAUUUCUGCCUCAUUACUUCUCGUGCUGGAACUGACAUUGAUGCUGCAAUCAGGACUCUUAUGCUUGUGCAAGCUGACAAACAAGUCAUCAUUGCUGUGCUUUAUCCUACAAUUGACCCUGAGAAAACCAUACCAGACAGCAACAAUGCUAUAAAGAGAGAGAACACAUAUCUAGUCGACUUUCUGUUCAACGAGGAUGAAGGGUUCAUGAAUUGUCAGAAGAAUAUAGAUGCAAUCAAGAAACUUGCAUGGUACAUCAAGUCCAAGAAUCUGACUUCAUAUUACUUGCAAAAUUAUGGAAUUCCACGUACAUACACAUACCAGAAUGGAGAAGAUUUUCUCUUCCCCACCAGAGGACACAGUGGACACAGAUUCGGUGGAGAUUUUUGGCAAAAAAAUCGUGUUGCUUGUACUGUUAUCGUUGGUGUUGUCAUUUUCGGCAUUCUUCUGUGGAUAAUUCUAGAUGUAUUGUUUUGAUACUAGCCAUAAAUGAACACAGAAAUGCCACUGUAAAAAAAAAAGACAUUUUAAUGAAAAAAGACAGCUGUGGAUGCCAGAACACCAUAAUUAUAGCAGCGAAUUUUCAUCUUUUACAGAUUUAACUUAAAUUAACACCAAACCAAAUGGAACCGAUUUUUACUGCCGCAUUUUUACAGCAUUUUGUUAAUAAAAUUGCAGCUGUUGUGAAUUUCAGUAAAUGUAACAAAGCUUCAUAUAAUAUACUGCAGGAAGAGAAUUAAACUGAUAUAUUACAAUAUACAUGAAGUUCACAAACACUUUUUAGGAUGUGCAUGUGCCAUGUAACCAUUUUGUUUGCAAAAAUAGAUACUGCAUAUGCUGUACACUGUUGUUUACAGUAUGACUACAGUCUUCAGCAUUUGUCCAAGUCUUUAUUUAGAUCUUUAAAUGUGUAAAAUUAAUUCCAUUGCUGAAAACACCAAACUAGAUUACUUUUAGUAAAUACAUUAGGCGAGUUAUGGUAAGUGGAUAUUAUUGAUUCUAACUAUUGUGUUUAAAUGUUACUAUGAAUAAUGACAUUAUGCAUUUUGAGUAACUCAUGCUUUAUGCUAAUUGCUUUACUUAGCUCUUUACAGUGUUGAUUUGUUACACUAUGUUUGUUUUAUACUGUGUAUGGAUCAAAGAAGAAAAUGACUUUAUAUACUAAAAGAUCUUGUCUGGCAAGAAUCAUUUAAUAAAGACUAAUAAAAGAUUAAGAGU